UGAUAAUAACUGCUCUGAGUUUGUUUAAUUGUUACAUUGUUUUGAAAUCUUUCUAUAAUUUAUAUUUUGAUUAAUUUGUUAAAUGCUAAAUUAAUAAAUCUACUUAGUCAAUGGAGCUAUGUUUUGUCAAUUACCUUUAAGCUAACUUAAUCCCGAUAAUAUAUAAAAUUAUAUAUAUUUCUACUUCUUCUUAUACUUCUCUUUUAUUCUUCAUCUUCAUCUCUUUCUGUCUUCCCUUUCUUUUUCCUCUUUCUAUCUCUUUUUUUCGUGAGUGACUGACGUUUAUUUCUUCUUUUUAGGUCAUUUUCAUUAUAACCUUUAAUUUUUUUCUGUGCAACUUAUUUAAUUAAUUAACCUUCAAUGGUUAUAAUCUAGUGUCAUUAGUGAAUUCAAUUCAACCUGGAUUUAUACCAAAAUAUCAACUCAAUUGCGUUAGCCUUUCAAAAAAAGCUAUCAUCCACUUUAAAUUAAUUGAAAUAAGGAGACAAAAACAAAUAAGACGGAUCAAAACGGAUUCCCAAUUGCUGCAGGUUAUCCUCAGCUUUCUUCCUGUCAAGGUUUUGGAAUGGAUUCAAAUUUCUUAGGAAGAUUAUCUGGUUUAUCUGAUGACCAGAUAGUCAAUAUGUUGGUCAAUGAAAAUGGUAUUCAGUUAAGCUCCGAGUUGAUGAGCCAAUUUGCCAUCACACCUAAACUUUGCGCAAAGAUUUUACUCGAUAUGUGUAGUAACUCUAAAAGUCAAGAGGAUAACAUGCCACAGAGUUGUGAAGAGAUUGACUCUUUAGCGAAUCUGUGUCGGGAAUUUUUACCACCAUCAGCAUCACCUCUUAUGAACAUAAUUCAAACAAUAGACAACUCUUCGUAUCUUUUAUCAAAAGCUCCUAGCCAAGCUCCUCCCGGUCUUUACAGUAACAACAUUAAGUCGUCAGCUCUUCCGAAUAUCAAUUCGAUUAAUAACAUUGACGAUAGAAUUGGUAAUCUAUCAUUAAAUGGCUCUAUCAACGCAUUUAAUAAUCAAAAUAGACAACAAUUUUCGACUUCUCAAUUAUCGUUAGCAUCUCAAUGUAAUUCGGCGUCUCUUAUUGGCUCUUCUAUACAACAACAAGUGGGCUCUUUGGCUGCAAGAUCAACUCAAUUUCAGUCAUCACGUCAAGUUCACCAAGAGACUUCCCAAUUGCCACAACAAAUUUUGCAACUUCAACAGUCCCAUAGAGAUUAUAUGUUCGAUGAGAACGCCAUAUUUCCAGAGCCACCAAUGUCAUUUAGUCCUGAAAUUGAAAAAGAAGCUGCCGCUUAUUUUCAAAGAAUCUAUAAUUCAUCAACAACGGAAAAUAUGAGCAUAGACGAAGUCUUAGACAUGUUGAGAAGGUUUCAUGCUUCGCCUGAUAAACGGGAAAGGGAUAUAUUCCAUUGUAUGAUUAAAAAUAUUUUCAAAGAAUACUGUUAUUUCCCGCAAUAUCCAGAUAAAGAGCUGCUGAUUACUGCUCAAUUGUUUGGUGGUAUAAUUCAAAUGGAUCUAGUUAAAUUCGUAGCUUUAGUAGAUGCAUUGACUUGUGUUUUAGAAGCUCUUCGUCAACCCUGCGGUAGUAAGAUGUACUUUUUCGGGAUUGCUGCAUUAGACCAGUUCAAGUCAAAACUCAAAGAUUAUCCACUCUAUUGUAGACAUUUAACUACAAUACCACAUUUCAAUGAAUUUCCGUUGACUCUCCAAGAAUAUAUUCAAUUUGGUGCUGCAUCUAAGGAUCCUCCUUCUAUUCAAUCAAUUAACGAUGAUUCUAACUCACUUCAUCCAUCAGCAUCUCACCCUCCUGCUUCACCUUGUCAACUUAAUUCAAAUUCAGCUGUUCUAAAUAUCAAUUCAUUUAUGGGCAGCAAUAUGAACAACAAUGUGAACCGUUCUGCUAUGCUAAUGUCUGAUUUAAUUAAUAAUCAAGGUAUUAUUAACAAUAGUAAUGGAUCGUUAGAAAACUGUACUAUUGGUGGACAGCUUUCCUCACAAGUUCAGUCUGAUAUAACCUCGGCCACUGCUUUAAAUGAAGUUUUAAUUAAUGAUAAUUCAAUUGUAACUUCAAGCCCUGUUAUUAGUAGACCUACCACAAACCGUAGUGGACCAUCUAAUAACACUAAUAAUGCCAAUACCUGUGAAAAUGUUGCUACCACAACUGUUAUGAAUAAUGCUGCUGCUAAUUCUGAGACAAUCCAACAAACAGCAUCGGAGCCUCAAAAUCAUUCUACUUCGGAUCAACCUUGUCAUGCUUCCUCAACAACAAUACCAACUUCUUAUAGUGAUAUUGUUAAACGAGCCAAAAAAGUAGUAACAACUAAUACAAAUAGUUCAAGUAAUAUAAAUAACACAACUAAAGAUGGUACAAAAGUGAUAAGGAAGACUGUAAAUAAUUGUAAUGCAGCUGAUAGUGACAAUGCUAACGAAAGUAUGGUUAAAUCUUCUGGUACAACAAACGGUAUUCGUGAAAAUGCGAAUUCAAAAAGGGAGAAGAAUAUCAAUGGCUGUGAUAACAUUUUAUCACAUUCAAAUGGAUUAGAUAAUGGUAACAGUUUUAGCCCCGGUGAUCAAAGCGAAUCUAACUCAGUUAACUCAUUAUCUAAUGGACAAGAUGCUUCUGGUAGUAAUUGCAAUACCACUAAUGGUAAUUUAAAUAAAUUAAAGCCAACAAACAUAUGGGCGUACAAUGGAUUAAGAAUUGCCAAUGUGUCAAAUAGCUGUUCAAGAUCAACUCUUCACUCUUUAUUCAGUAAAUUUGGUCGUAUUAAACUAAUUGAGAGGAUCAAUAAAACAAUUGAAAAUAGUAUUUGGGUUUAUUAUGAUAACCCAGCAUCACCCGUUGAGGCAGCCCAUAAGCUACAAGGUGCAGUAAUUGAAGGUGUUUCCGUAAAUGACUCUGUACCAUUACGAAUCUACUUUGCUCCAACUGAUGAUCAGAAGGAUCUUAAAUUUUCAAGACCAAAGCAGCCACCAGAUAACAAGGGUGAAUGUUAUUAUUGGAGGACAACUAACUGUUUUUCACGAGAGCAAUGUCCUCUUUUGCAUAUACCUGCUAAUAAGAAUAUUGACGCUCAGAUUUGGAUGGGUAAAAUGAACAAAGAAUCGGUCAAUAGCAAUCAACCGCAACAGCAGCAAUUAAUAACACAAGCUAACAGCAAACAUUUUCCCCGCCUAGGAGGUUUUAGCUUCCUGGUGUUGUCAUUUGUAUUGCUUAAUAUGUCUAUUUGUAAACCUUCUGUUCAUCAGUAUAGAGUGACCCUCAGUAACCUAUCUUGCAUCGAUGGGAUGCCCAUGACUAGUGGACGUAAAGAUGCUACCUUUUACCUUGGGGAUGAAAAUUGCCCAUUAAAUAAAUCGGAUGACAUCGAAACAGCCAUUCAAUUUAAACCCUCAUCUAGAGGUUCACCUUCCACUGGAACUGGAACCUUACAAUCAACCGAUUACUCUGGUCGUCCACCUUUGUAUUCCGAAUUGAACCGAUCAACAGUUGGUCGUGGCAUAAUAAACUGUACAAGUGGAGCAAGUUUUGGUGUUUCUAGUGUCGCCAAUGGUGGUGGAAGCACUACAGGUGGAUGCAGGCGUAAUGCCAGUAGUGGCGGUGUUGGAGUUGUUAGUGGACACAAGAAAUAUCGACGAGCUGUUCACUCAUCACGAUUCAACAACCAUUCAGAUGCCUUUGAUGGAUUAGUUUUCGUUUUAAGUGCCAUUUACUCUAAGAUGAUUGUUAUCAUUGGUCUUUGUUUCCCAAUGGCAGAGGUAAUCUCUCAUCGAAUUCCUAUCGGCUGGUACGAAGGUUUCUACUUAUACCUGUAUCUUGGUUCCAUCAUGUUUCUCAUCUUAAUUUAUUUGUUUCGAGAAACAAGUAAACGUAAAAAGUCUUCAUUAAUGAUUAGAGCGAAAACCUUUUUCCUUUGGUCAAACGUUGAGGCUGGUGGGAAUGGCAAUGAUACAACUGGAACAGGUAGAGGAGAUACAAAAUUACAAUCUAGUUCAACCAAUAGUUCAUUAUCCGAAGACGAAAUUUCUGGUCCUGUUCAUUUUGGUUCCUUUUAUUUAAGACUUGGAGCUGUUGCUUUUGGUAUUGGUUCAAUGAUUUAUUCAGGCCUCGAGUUUGGCCAGUACUUUGAAUUAGAGUCAAAAGAGCAAUGUUACAGUUUUCUUUAUGGAUUCACACCAACCGCUCACAUGACUUUUACCUUUUUUCAACUCUAUUUCAUCUUUAUGAACUCUAAAGCGUUCAUAUCCAAACACAAUUACAUAGCACGAUUCGGGUUAAUGCAUAUGAUUGCUACCAAUCUUUGUGUUUGGCUUCACGUUUUAAUUCAAGAGACAAAACAUCAAAUCAUGAUUAUACUUAAUCCAAAUGCUACUUCAAGAGAAAUCUUUUUACCCGAUUAUGAAUUGACCAGUUUUGGCUUUGCAGUGGAAGAUGAUAAGCAUAACCCAUUCAUGACUGCUGAUGGUUCUUUCGCUCCAUUUCCUCCACCAGCUUCAUCACCAUCUUCACCAUCAUCAUCACAUUCAUCUUCAUUAUCCAACUCUUUAGGUGAAGAUAUCUUAUAUUCAGGAGCUUCUUCAUCUUAUGCGUCUCCGCACUCAUCUUCACCUUCAGCAUCAUCUCUAUCUUCAUCAGUCAUUCAUCAUUUAUCAAAAAGAAGUAUCGACGAUCAUGAAAUAUUCACCACUCAUGGCGUUUGCCGUCGAUCAAAUGUUAUCGGUGAAUUAGUUCAAGAUGCGAGUCAAUUCCUAUUUCCAUGUACAAUUGAAUAUUCACUUAUCUGUGCUGCUAUCCUCUACAUCAUGUGGAAGCACACUGAUUCAUCAAGUUUAAAUACCGAUAGACUGCGACAUCGAAGUGCCCAGAGUACAUCGACAGUUAAUCACCACCAGCGACAUUACUACCAAGUUGAUUGUGCGAAAGCUCAUAAAGGACUAUUUUGUGGCAUAUUUCUUCUGGUUGUUUGUAUUAUAUCGUUAAUCCUGUUCUUUGUCUUGAUCAAAAAGCCUAAUUAUCGACAUUUAGGCGUUCUUCAAGCUCACAUCGUCGAAAUUGCUGUCUAUGGAAUCAAUGCUGUUGCCUGUAUGAUCGCAAUAUUUCAGAUUCGGAAACUGAAUUACAACCCACAUAGGAAUGUUGAACUGGAUAAUAUAUUAUUGAUUGUUGCACAAACUGGCCUUUAUGUUUUUAAUAUGUUUUCAUUAAUUGGUGCUCAGUUCCUAAACACAAGCGUUAAUCGUAACACUCAGUUGGUUAAAGUUAAUGCUGUUGCUUGUCUAGUCCAAUCAACUCUUCAAACAGUCUUUAUUCUUGAUGCUACUCGCCGUUAUGCCUCUACACCUGAACAAGUGAGGAGGAAACCCGCUCGAGAAAUGAUUACCUUUUUAUUGGUUUGCAACUUUGCCAUGUGGGCCAUUAAUACACUGGAAACCCGAAGAGCUGAUUCCAAUCCAGUUCAAAUGACAUUUUACGGAUUCUGGGCUUGGACCAUUAUUACCCAUGUGACGACUCCACUGACCAUCUUUUUCCGAUUUCAUUCAACGGUUUGCCUUUGUGAUAUCUGGAAACGAACGUAUAAAGUUAAACAAGAAUUUAUUUAACACUAAUUUUAAUUGUAAUUAUUAAUAAAUUAAAAACAAUUUGUCUAAGAAA